UGCAGACCUAGGAGGAGGCAGGACUGCACACAGCCUGGUUCCUGGUCUCAGGCUCUGGUAACCUGGGACCAUGGACAUUGAAGCAUAUUUUGAAAGAAUUGGCUAUAAGAACUCUAGGAACAAACUGGACUUGGAAACAUUAACUGACAUUCUUCAGCAUCAGAUCCGAGCUAUCCCCUUUGAGAACUUUAACAUGCACUGUGGGGAAUCUAUGGAGUUGGACUUAGAGACCGUUUUUGAUCAAGUUGUGAGGAGGAAGCGGGGUGGGUGGUGCCUCCAGGUCAAUCAUCUUCUUUACUGGGCUCUGACCACAAUGGGUUUUCAGACCACUAUGUUGGGAGGAUAUGUUUACAUCAAUCCAACCAACAAAUACAGCAGUCAUAUGGUUCACCUUCUAUUACAAGUGACCAUUAGUGGCAAGAACUAUAUUGCUGAUGCAUCAUUUGGAUGUUCCUACCAGAUGUGGCAGCCUCUGGAAUUAAUUUCUGGGAAGGAUCAGCCUCAGAUGCCAGGCAUCUUCCGCUUAACAGAGGAGGAAGGCACCUGGUACUUGGACCAAAUCAGAAGAGAGCACCACAUUCCAAACCAAGAAUUUCUCAAUUCCGACCUCCUAGAUAAGGAAAAAUACCAAAAAAUCUAUUCCUUUACUCUUGAACCUCGAAUAAUUAAAGAUUUUGAGUCUGUGAAUACAUACCUUCAGACAUCCCCAGCCUCUGUGUUUACAAGCAUAUCACUUUGUUCCUUGCAGACCCCAGAAGGGGUUCACUGUUUAGUGGGCUUCACCCUCACCUAUAGGAGAUUCAACUAUAAGGACGGUGUCGACCUGGUAGAGUUUAAGACUCUGAAAGAGGAAGAAGUCGAAGAAGUAUUGAGAACUAUAUUUAAUAUUUCCUUAGAAGGAAAACUGGUACCCAAACAUGGUGAUCAAUAUUUUACUAUUUAGGAUAAGACACAAAAAUCACUCUUUUUUUUUUUACUAUAGGUACUUGAUCCUUUAAUGUAUUUUUUCCAAGCAUGUGGAAAAGUUUACAAAGUAGACUAAUAAGCCCUUUUGUAUCCAUCACCCAGAUCAUCAGUGUUCAACUAAUGAGCUAUCUUAUCCUCUGUACCCCCACAUUAUUUGAAACAAAUCCUAAACAUAUCAUUUCUCCCAUAAAAAAAUGAAAGCAUAUAUACUUGAAUUACUUUUUAAAGAAAGCUACACAUCUUUUCCAAAUUAAUCAUACAACAUGGUUAUAUUGGGAAAUAUAGAGCUAGAAAACUCUCCAACAUUGAUUUAUUGCUAAAUUCACAGAUAAUUUUACUGGUAGUGAAGAGAAUAGUGAGAAAAUAAUUUUCAUUAAUUUCAACCAUAAUAUAUCUAAUGUCCAAUUCUUACAAAAUAUCACCUAUAUGAUUUAGAAGUGGAAUGCAACAAAGAAAAAUGAGACAUUAUUGGUUCUAAAAAGCCUAAUAGCCCUCAAGACAAGAGUUAAAUCAACAGAUAGGAACAUGUGAUUUGGCACUAAGAGGGUGACACACUACUAAUUCCUUCCAGGAUUCUUACAGUCACAAUCUUCUAUGAACUAUUUUUCUUAAUGUGGAAACAAUGAUAUUGAUGUAAGUUUUAACUUAUAAAUUAAAUGAUUUAUAUCUAAA